GAAGUUCGUGACCGCUUGUGUGAUUUUAUGUAUAACCAUGAUACCCAUAGACAAUGAUAUCCAUCCAAUACCACAGAUAAGAAACAAAUUUCGAGAAAUUAUAAAACAUCUUUUAAAUAAUUUGCGUUAUUUAUAAACAAGAAUGCCUGACUGUGGCACAAGUUAUGAGAAUGAAGUUGCCGAUGGAUAUAAUAUACGGAAUGUAAAAUGUUCUUUUUGUAAUUGUACAAUUCUUAAACAAAAGUUAGGAAAAUUUACUACGUUGGAGUUUGAUUUGCCACUUAUGAAGCAAAUUGGAGGAGCUUAUAAUAUUGAAACUGAAAAGGUGUCUCUAUUCUGGUUAGUUAAGCAUAUGAUGACAUUUGAAAAUGUGGGUUUUUCAAAUACUGUAGACAAUAAAAAGUAUUUAACAUGUGCUGACUGUGAUGCAGGACCCAUAGGAUUUCACGAUUUAACAACGAAGGAGAGUUUUAUAGCUCUUAGUAGAGUAACUCAUCGUUAAUAUUUUUAUUUAGUUAUUGUACAAUACUUUAUAAUUACUACCUAAUAGUUUUAUUUAGAAUUUAAAAGUUGUAUGAAGCUGAUGAGUUUGCAUAAAAAAAAUCACAUUUUUUUGUUAUAUUAAGUGUUAAUUGUGAUGCAAUAUAUGCAUAUUAAUCAUAACAGUUCUCAAAUGUUUUCUUCAAAAUGUUAUAUUUUUCUGAACACUUGUCAAAUUAAUCAAUUGGUAUUUUCAAAUUUAUAUGCAUAUAUAUACAUAUGUGACACAAAGCUUACAACCUUUUUGAAAACAACAUGCAGUAAGAAGUACUUUUAUUAUAUACUAAAAGUGUAGAUAUAGAUGAAUACAUACUCUUAUUGUAACUGGC